UCCCUGGGCUCUGAGACCAGCAUGUUCAAAUUCAGUCCUCCCAUCUUGUUGUUGCUGCUAUAUUCAUCUCCUGUGGUGCAGACUUGCCUGCAGUGUGACCGAGUGGUGGUCUAUAUCCAUGAGGAUUUCCUAGUGAGCCAAAAAGACCUCACCAUUCAAGAGCAGAAGGACUUACAAAACAUCAUUGACCACGGCUAUGUCACUUUUCAAGAAGCCAGCAAGCAAUACCAUGGGGUCAUUGACCCCACCACACUGUACCGAGCCCGCACUGAGUACCACAGUGAGUUUGACCGCUACUGGCAAGACAAACGAGGAGAUAACAUUCAUACAGAGAUGAUGACGAUCUUGGCGAAAGGGAAGAUGAUUCUUGAGAAACAUUUGGAGAGUUUCGUUCAGAAGGGUCUCUGUCCGAACAAAUGCGGUUUGUUGUAUCAGAUUGUUAUGAACUGUGACUCAUGCAAAUAUGAGCAACGUACCUGCCCAUCAGCCACACCUCCUAAAGACUGUGGUGACCACCAUUUGGAGGCUGAGGAGGGGGAUGAGGUGGUGCUGGACUGUUUCCUGUCCUGGCACAGCCUGGUCACUGGGCACAAGGACUACCACUACUCCUGGAGACCCGGCCUACAGAACGUGACGCCUGGAGAUGAGUUUCAGGUCCUGGUGGUGACGCCUGACUCAAACAUAAUCCUUAACCAGCUGGUGGUGGCUGAGCAGGGUGUGUACCUAUGCCUCCUACAGGACAACAACGGUACUGUCUACUCCCGCACUUCCUUUACUCUCACAGUGUCCACACUUCCCCUGACCACCCCUCGGCCGAUCAUGACCCUUCCCUCGGUGCCGAAGCGUCGUGAUGGCGUGAUGCUGUACCCAGACACACUCCUCAUCAUCCUGGGUCUCCUCUCCGCCCUCAGCCUGGCCGCUAGCCUCACACUGCUCAUCGCCCUCAGACCCUUUGCUGUGUCCAGCAAUACUUCUCAUCUGAGCCUCAGAAGAGCCUUUACAAGUCUAAUCCCACCACAGAUCCGCACACAGUCCUGCACAGAUCCUUUGUUGCAAAGCGGGCUUCUUCAUGCGUGUGUUAUGACUGCAUCUCUCCAAUCAACUGAGCAUGUUGCAUUGAAAGGAGACACUUGCACUUACAGCCGGAGUCCUGAUGGGGGUGGUGAAGGUUCUCACCACUGGGCAAAUCAGUGGACAAUGCCGCAUGAUGCUGAGGCGACAGAGUCACCGGAAGGAGGAGUGGAGGGGAGGAAGAGGAGGAGGAAGAGGAAGAGAGGUGUGAGAUGAUGACACCGCCAGAGAUAGCAUUGAGUGAGAGACAGAUAGAGAGGAGAUAAAGUUAUUCUCGUACGACUUCUCUUCAACGUUGUAUUUUCUUGCAGUGUCAUAAGUACAACACAAAGGGCCACACUGUGUCAGAACUGUUCUUAAAUUCAGUAGAUUGAACUGAGUUUAGCUACAUAAUUUCGAGCAGUGCAAGUCUUCUACCAUAGAAUGCCUCUGACUUAAUGUUGUAAAUGUCAACCGGGUUGUAGCCAGAGUUAGAGAUGUGGUCUGAUUGGGUUGAUAAUUGGUUUGUGCUUUUUCUCGUUACACAAAAUGAUCUGAUCAAUGUGUGUGUGUGUGUGUGUGUGUGUGUGUGUGUGUGUGUGUGUGUGUGUGUGUGUGUGUGUUUGUGUGUAUGUGUGUGUCUGUCAUGCCUCUGAGGCAGCUCCCAUCACAGACAUUGUUUGGUGCACAAAAAAUUAGUCUCAAGCUCUGAAAUCGAACCAUUUCAUUCAGGAAUUAGAUAGAGACAGACAGAGAGAAAAAGCCAACACAAACACAACAGUGAGGGCAUGCUUUCAUGAAUGAACAGUGGGCUGGUGCAGACACGUGUGUGAGAGGGAGGGAGAAGAUCAAUCUCGUGGAUUACAACGUUUUUCGAGAAUUAAUAUUCCGCAUGCCGACUCGCUAAUCCGGGAUUAUCCACUCUCGAGAGGCGAGGUCGACCCGGCAGUGACCAUGGGAACCAGAUAAACCACUCCACUGUUUAUUUUGGUAAAGAUCCCGUUUUUUUUUUCACAGAAAAAGGGGGGAAAGUAAUCAGACAAGUCAGAAGAAGCUGACCAAAAUCUCCAGUCUUAUCCUGUGGCCCUGAGGGUGCUGGCCCACCACAGUCGAGCCUGUCAGCAAACUGCAGGGGUAAAUUUAGGGGUCAUUUUGGCUGGCGUGUUUUUAGAAGGACCUCGUAACAGGAAGUGUGCAAUUUCAAUAUGCACAGAGCAGCACUGGGGCACAGGAAAUACAGACA